ACCCCGAAAACGCACUCCUCAUUGUCUAACUCUCAAGCUGAGUGAAGGGGUAUUUUCAGAGAACGAUUAUAGAUUGUGACUUCCUUUUCAACUAACAUACAGGGAGUCUUUUUUAGAACAGCAGCUCUCAUCAAAAUAAGUCUCUACUCUCUCUUCUCUACUCUCUCUCUCUCCUCUGUGUGUUUUGGUGAGUCUAGCUAGCUACCAGUCAGUCACAGAGAGAUAGGGAGGACGUACAGCCAGAGGAAACAGACACACAACACCUAACAGAGAUGUCUGGUGGUCCCCUCUCCUGCUUCUCCAAACAGGGAAUACUCCUAAUCUCUAUCCUCCACUAUGGUGUGGGUAUUUCUAGGUUGUUCAACAAAGGAGUGGGGGACUCAGUGGAGCUGCCCUCAGGCUUAGAAAGGAAAGAUUUAAUGUCAAUGGAGUGGAAGUAUAACAAAAUGGUCAUUGCAGAAUUUGAAGAUAACUUUACCUUACCAAGAUCCCAGUUUGAGGGGAGACUAGAGAUGAACGAAAAUAACUUCAGUUUAACAAUCAGAGAACUGACACUGCAAGACUCAGGGGAAUUUCUAGUUUCUGCCGCGUCAAACGAAGGAAAACAGACUCCAACCAUGACCAUCCAUCUUCAGAUCCAUGAGCCUAUAUCCAAGGUGGCGAUCCAGAAGAAGAUGAAACUAUUGGCCAACCAGUCCUGUUCAGUGUGGCUGCUGUGCAACGUGUCUGUCUGCUCCAACCUCUCCUACACCUGGGAGAGAGGGAAUGAGACGUACAGGGACGACCAGCAGAUACACUUCUCUCUGUCACCAGCAGAUGGAGACAUCAGUGUAACCUGCAACGCCUCCAACUCAGUCAGUUGGAAAUCUGCAUCUACAACAGUAAAGUGUAGUAAUGACACAACAACCCCAGAGGAUGAUACAUUGCUGGCCUGGUAUUGGAACUACAUCGGGGUACCAGUAGGUGGCGCUGUGGUGCUGAUCCUCACUGUAGCUGUGGCAGUGUAUUACUGCAGGGGCCGCUGUAACACAGAUCUAACUGACAACACAAGAAUGAAAGAUACAAGAUCAAACAGUCAGGCAAUGUCCAUCUAUGAGACCGUAGGUGAUCUGGCUGUCCCAAGACUGAACACGCCGCAGACUCUGUAUGACAAGAUCACAUUUGGACGCCAGCCAGAAGCCCCUUCUUCUUCCAACCAGGAAGUACUGUGAGCUGAACAGGAUGUGGUCAUAAGCUGGGCUUCUAUAGAUAUAGACCCCUCUGCAUCCUCAGCAUCCUUCAUGUGUACCUUCUGUACAUAGAUGUUACUGUUUCAUUUCAUCACGACCUGCACAUUUCUGUUUUGUUUUGCUUACUUUUUCAGAACUACAAUCUUCGUCUGUUCAUGAU